UUUAUAUUUUUUUUUGGGACAAUUGUCACAUGUGUGCAUGAGAAUUUUGAUAAAUCUUGUUUCUGUUUUUUUUUUUUUGAUUUAACGAUUAAAAUCUUUAAUUCAGAAAAAUAAUGUUACUUCGAAAAACUUGGAGAUUGAUUGCUAAUACAACGAAUGGUUAUAGGAAUAUUUCUCAUUUCAUUCAUCAUAAUCACCAUUAUACACAUGUUCGACAUCGACAAUUGAUUAAUGCCCAUAGGCGAACAUUUUCAACACCAUCUCAAUCACAAUCAAAAAUUGAUUCAAAUCUAAUAAUUAAAUUGAUAGCUGGUGGUUCAAUUGUGAUCGGUGUACCAUAUAUAGUGUAUCGUUCAUCGUUAAAAUCUAAUGUUAAAAUAACUGAUGCAAAUAAUUUACAGAUAACAGAAGAAAAAGAUACCGGUAAAUCAUUGCAUGAUAAUUUGAUUGAAAAUCUUCCUGAAACAGUACCAUAUUUAAUAAUUGGUGGUGGACCAAGUGGUUUUUCAGCUGCACGUACUAUUCGUGGUAAUGAUCCUACAGCACGUGUAUUGAUCAUAACCGAAGAGAAUCAUUAUCCUUAUACACGUACACCAUUGACUAAAGAACUUUGGUUUAGUGGUUUAGAUGAUAAAUUAAGUUUUAAACAAUAUAAUGGUAAAGAAAGAAGUAUCUAUUUUGAACAUGAAGAAUUUUAUUUACCAUUGAAUGAAUUCAAUACUGCUACACAUGGAGGUAUUUCAGUAGUAAAACUACAUAAAGUAAAUCGUUUAGAUGUAACCAAUCAACAAGCAUAUCUUGAUAAUGGUCAAAAAAUUACAUACGGAAAAUGUAUCAUAGCUACGGGAACAAAGCCGAAAAAUUUAAAAUGUUUUGAACAAGCAACCGAAAAACAGCCAAAAAUUGCUGACAAAAUAAUUCUAUAUCGUUAUCCAGAAAAUUAUCAAAGAUUAAAUGAAUUAUUACCUAAAUUAAAAUCCUUAACAAUUAUUGGAAAUGGAUUCACUGCCAGUGAAUUAGCAUUCUCAUUGACCGAACGAGCAAAAAAACUAAAAUCAAAUGUCCAAAUUAAUCAUAUAUUCGAACAGAAUGGUGUAUUGGAUGAAGUAUUACCCGACUAUCUAAGUCGAUGGUGUACAGAUCGAAUUAAAGACGAAAAUGUGAUUGUUAUGCCGAAUGUUCAAAUUGAUGAUGUUAAAAUGGAAAAAGAUCAACUUUCAUUGAAACUUACAAAUGGACAAACAUUGAAUACUGAUAUUUGUAUUGUUGAUAUUGGUUCCGAACCAAACAUCGAUAUUGCUAAAUCCGCUAAAUUUGAGAUCGAUCCAAUUAAUGGUGGUUUGUUAGCCAAUUCUGAACUACAAAUACAAUCAAAUAUUUGGGCUGCCGGUGAUGUGGUUAGCUUUUAUGAUUCAAAACAUGGCCGUCGAAGAGAUUGUCAUCAUGAUAAUGCUAUUUAUACAGGAAGAUUAGCUGGUGAUAAUGCAAGCAGUGGUAAAUCGGGUAAACCAUAUUCACAUAAUGCAAGAUUUUGGUCCGAUCUAGGUGCCGAUAUUGGUUUCGAAGCUAUCGGUAUGAUUGAUUCCAAAUUACCAACAUUUGCAAUGUUUGCCAAAUCCGAAGAUAAUAAUGUUGUUGAUAAUGAUAAUGAUGAACAAUAUAAAUAUGAAAAAGGUGUAUUAUUCUAUUUGAAAAAUGAAUCCAUUGUUGGUAUUAUAUUAUGGAAUAUAUUCGAUGUAGAUAAUAUGCAUAUAGCACGUAGAAUAUUAUAUGAUGGUAUGAAAGGAAAAGAUCUGAAUGAUGUUGCACGAUUAUUUACACUUUAUCCAUCAUUACCAUCAUUGGAUGUAGAACAAAAUAAUGAUGAAACAAAUGAUAAUGUAAAUGUUGAUGAUAAAUAAUAAUUUAAAAAAAAGGAA